AUGUCUUCCGGCCAGGGCUUUCUUGCCGGGCUGGGUGAUUUUCUGGCCGCUCCCACUCGGCUCUGGCGUAUGCAUCGGCGACUGAUCGCACUAGACCCGAAAGCGCGUGCAAUGGAAGAGGUCCAGUUGCACCGCCUCGAACGGAAUCGUCGAGUUCAGCUGCGUACACGUAUGAUGGACUCGUAUUCGGCCACAUCAACACCCAGCAUUGCCCCGUCCGCACCGCAUGCGGCCUUAACCGAUUCCAGUGGACUAUUUCAACCACUUGUUCGAAUGUGGUUAAUCAAUGUGGGUUUAAUUCUGAUAUUGCCACCUUUCUACCUUCUAGAUUCUGGCUGUACUUUCUUCUCUGUUCAACUUCAUCGGUUCGACCAAUCGGAUUGGUAA